AGUGAAAAACAAAUAAAGAGAGCAUUUCAAGUGUUUGAUAUCGAGGGAGAAGGACAAAUUAGAAUGGAUGAACUAGAAGCCGCGCUAAGAAUAGCAAGAACGAAUCCGACACCAAAAGACAUUGAAAACAUUAAAAAUGGUUUAGGAAACCCAGAAAAAAUAACAUAUGAGCAAUUCGAAAAGGUGGUAGAAGACAUAAAUAACGUUGACCAAGUUAAGGAACUCAAAGAGGCAUUCCAAUGUUUCGACAAAGAAAAUCUUGGAUAUAUUAGUCCUGAAACAUUAAAGGAAAUAGUAAAACCAAUGAUUGGCGAAGAACUGCCAGCAGAUGAGCUACAACAUAUGAUCGAGUUAGCGGAUUUAGAUGGAGAUGGCAAUAUUGAUAUUGACGAGUUUGUUGCUUUCAUGAUGCAAGAGAGUGAGUAAACUACAACAAUUAUAGAAGCGUCUCCCUUCAUCUUAAUCAUGCAUUUUAGAAACAAAAUUCACAAAUCACCGUGGGAAUUAAGGAAAAGUGCAUCCUGGAUUUU